AUGACUUUAAUGAAUGCUAUGUCUUCCCUCGGCAACGUUGGCUCAAUGAACUCGAUUUCCAAGAGCUCAAUCGGAGGUGGAAUGGGUGCUGGUGCCAGCCAGGGAGCCAACUCAGUGGCCUGUGGAGGAUGUGGAGGAAGUGGAAUUGGUGUCAACGCCAAUGUCAAUGUCAACCUGGGAGGUGUUGGCUGUCUGGUUGGAGGUGUCCUCGGAACUGUCAACGGACUGGUUGGUGGUCUCCUCGGAGGUCUCCUGGGAGGUGGCUGUGGAUGCUAA